UGUCAAACGAAUAGUCACUAAUGCAAUAGUAAAUCAUGAUUUCGUUAAUAUUGAUAAAAUUGCUUUUAAUAUUUGUGUCGAGUACAAUUUCACAGCAAACACUGCAAUGGAAUUUGGACAUAACUACAAGAAUUGUUGAGCCUUUAAUUCAAGAUUAUUCAGAACCAUGGACCAGUCAAAGAAUUCAAAAUCAAAUCUUCCAAUAUAAAACUCAUUUUGGUAUAAUAAUUAAACAAGGUACAACAUUUAAUUUAACGGUAGAAACACCUUCCGAAAUAGAAAAUUUAUAUUUUUACUUUCUUGCUGAUUUACCAUAUGAAAAAUUAAUCAUAUUAAAUCUUACGGGAGAAAAAAAUAUCACAAAAACUUUAACAACAAAUUUUGAUGGCGUGCCUAUGAUAUCUGCUUCAAAAAAUGUUCCAGUACGGAUAAUAAUUGAAACCAAAAACUGGUUAUCAUUGCCAAUUUACAAUUCUAAUGAUGUAUCACUUUCAACAAUACAAGAAUAUCAGUCUGAAUUUUACAAAAAUGUAAAGAUUUACGGAUUUGUUGAAAAUUAUUACUCACAAAUGUUAUUGUCAGCAAAUGAUAUUGAUAAUCUAAAAUUGAUUAAUUAUAGUUUACAUCUUGGUUUAUAUAAACAGAGUAAUUUAAUACAGAAUUAUGAUUAUUCAACUAGAUUAAGUGCCAAUGAAGAUAAAAAUGAAGAAACUUUCAUGAGUGUAAUGGAUCGAACAACAUUAUUUAUACGUUCAGAAAAAUGUAACCAAGCUAAUUCUACACAAGUAUCUUCGACAUCAAUUUUACAAAGUGAUAAUAAUUCUUUUAAUUCUACAAGCAAUCUAACUAUACAAAGAUGUCUGGAGACAAAUUUGAACCGUCAUUUCAUUUCUGGUAUGGAUUUUAGUAUAAAUCCUGAAAAUUUGCAAUCUACGAACGUAAAAGGAGAUUUGAAACAUAAUUCACCUUUGAUGUUGACAAAUAAAACGAAGGAAACCUAUGUUAAUGUUACUUUUACCAUUGAAUCACCAAUUGAUCUAACAAAUUCUUGUCUAUAUGUGAAUGACAAAUGUCACACUAUUGUUGAAAAAGUCAUGAUUAUCAAAUUAUUACCAGAUGUUUACUCCGUUUAUGUAAAAGAACAGAUUCGUGGUAAAACGUAUAUCAGUGAUGUAAAGAAUCAUACAAUUUCACAAUUUAUGUCGAUUAAUGUUGAAGUGCGAGAAGCUAAAACAGAAGUUUCACAGAAAACAGAAUAAUUUAAAAUAUGAAUUUGAUGCUUUGGGUUUUGCUGAUGUAGUCUUUUUAAAAAUAUUUAUAAAUUACAAGAACAUGACAAUAGAAUUAAAACAAUUGCUCACCAAUAUUAAUAAGAACUUUAAAUUAUAUUUUAUUAUCAGCUUAGAACGAAACGGUUCAUUUGUUUUUGAAUAUGAAUUCUUUGGUUCUCCCCAAAAUGAUCAAAAGCUUA